AUUUUAAAAAAGGGUUCACUAAUUCCUUUCUUUUCUUGUGUGGAUUGGUAACGACCCUUUCUUUAAUCCAUGGUUAAGUUGGCACAAGAUUCUUAGCUUCUCCGAGUGUCUCUGUCUGUCUGCGGAAUCCAAACCCUCCAAGGUUUCUUUCCUGUGCUCCUCCUCGUGUGGUGCACCUACGCACGAGGUUUUUGUAGCUACCACCGUGCCCAAUUCACAUCGCAUGUUUCGAACGCUUUGUGCUGCAACUGAAAUCGAAAAUCAGAGAAAGCGGAGAAGAGAGAGAGAGCAUGGCUGAUCUCUUUGCGUGGCUCAUCUCCUUCUUCAUUCUUAUUGCCUUAAUUGUACUCGUCAUUUACCAGUUAAUGUGCCUGGCAGACCUAGAAUUUGAUUAUAUAAAUCCAUAUGAUUCCUCAUCUCGAAUAAACAAAGUGAUAUUGCCUGAAUAUAUUAUAGUAGGUGUCCUAUUCGGCUUCUACCUUGUAACAGGGCAUUGGAUAAUGUCAUUGAUCUGUGCUCCUUACCUCUACUACAAUGUGAGAUUGUACAGACAAGGAAAACAUCUGGUUGAUGUCACAGAGAUAUUCAACUUGCUCCCUAAGGAAAAGAAGCAAAGGCUUUUCAAACUCUUCUAUAUUGUUUUUAUCCUUUUCCUAUCCUUAUUUUGGAUGAUCUACACAUCUUUGGAUGACCAUGAUGAUUGAUGGCUUGUUUUGUGCAGCAGCCGUGUGCGGUUGAGGGUAGCUAAUUACGUCCCAUAUUCAAUGCUAUUUUGGACUAACGUGCAAAAUUUAGGUUUGGGUUGCUGGCUUGUUUCCAUUGUUGGACAUGGACAAUAGUAUAUGUGGUUCUGUAUCUGUAUAAUACAUUUCAAAGCAGUUUUUUGCCUGUUUGAUUCAUGCUGCUUGUAGCAAAGGCAAAUUGCAAAAUUCUUAACCUUGUAAUUUACCUGUACGCUUAAAUUUAAGUUAUUUAAAAACACGUGAUUAUUAUAAAAAAACAGUUAUUUUUUUAAUA